AUGAAAAAUCGGACGGACGAAGGCUCCGUCAAGCGUUCGAAUCCCUGCGAUGACUUCCGCCGCCGCAAACUGCCGCGCUUCGACUACGAGGAGGCGAUGGACACCUUCGAGGGCGGCCAGAGCGAGCUGCCCGACGCGGCGCUGGCGCUCGAGCACUUCUCGGGCGUGAGCCUCCCGCCCGGCGAGGGAGACUGCCCCAAGAGCGGCCAGGACGCGGUCGGCCUCCCGGGCCACGCGCGCCCCGUCCUCAAAAUCCCCUCCACGCUGAAAUGCCUCGCGACCUUUGACCUCCCGGGCAAGGCCGACCUGCACCAGCUCCUCACCAACAACCUGGCGCAGCAUCUCGCGGUGCAGAACGAGAAGCUGAAGAACAACCUGCUGUUCGGCCACGGCGCGCACCCGACGCACCUUCACCCGCACCACCUCCACCACAGCCCCCUGGGCGCCCCGCCCCCCUCGUCCUCCGCCGUGCCCAACCCCCCGGGAUGCAGGGACGCCGCCCCCCGCGACCCGCAGGACGCCCUGGAGGUCAAGCGAGAGGCGGACGUCAAGGAGGAAUCGGCGAGGAGAGAGUCCGGGGACGUCGUCGACGUGAAGAUGGAGAACCCCGACGAACAGGAGGAGAGGAGAGACGACGAAGGGAACACCGCCCCCCGCGUGACCCCGUUCUCCGUCAUGGACAUCCUCGACCCGCACAAGUUCACCGGGAGGUCGAGCGAGGACGACCUGCACGACUCCUUCUCCGACCGGCCGGACGACGAGGACGACAACGCCUACAUCUCAGUUUGCUCGGACUCCGGCGACGAGGCAGACGGGCCCGAGGGCGAGGGCGUGGGCGGCGCGAAGGACGACGGGGCUUCCGGAGGGCAGCGGCGCGGCGGCGGGGGCGUCGGGGGCAGCUCGGGGGGCGCGGGGGGCGGGGGGAAGCCUCGGAGGGCGCGCACGGCCUUCACCUACGAGCAGCUGGUGUCCCUGGAAAACAAGUUCAAACAGACGCGGUACCUGAGCGUGUGCGAGCGCCUGAACCUCGCCCUGGCGCUGAACCUGACGGAGACGCAGGUCAAGAUCUGGUUCCAGAACCGCCGUACCAAGUGGAAGAAGCAGAACCCGGGCUGCGACGUCAACACGCCCACGCAGCCGCCCAGCCCGCCCAUCUCGACGUACCCGGGCGGACUGCUGCCCCCUCCCCCACCCCCUCUGCUCUGCCCCGCCCCCCUCUCCUACCGGGGCCCCCUCCCCCACCACACGCCCCUCGCGGCACUCUACCUGCAUCACCUGGCACGCUGA